CUUCCACUAUCCCACUUGACUUUCUUUUCAACUGUCAUGGCUCGCGGUUCCUUUGGCGGCGCGCGUGGACGAGGGAGAGGUUCACGCUUUGGCACCCGUGGCAGCUCACACUAUCGAGGCGGACGUGGUCGAGGAAGAGGAAGGGGCCGAGGAGGCGCACCAGCGGACGCCCAGCCCCAGCGCGAAGAAGAUGGUACUCAGCUCGCGGAACGGUUUGAACAAGUGGAGUUGAACGACGAGGUUGACGAGAAGCUCGGGUUCGCGCGGGUUUUGGAGGGUUCAAGGAGAGAAGGAUGGUUGAUCAACAUGCACCCCGUAAGUAGUCCGAGUGAAGUCUUGCAUCGAUGUUCCACGCCGCCCUACUCUUUUCUUUGCUGGCUGGAUCCCUUCACUGUCACUCAGGGCGAAGCCCUACGUAGACAAUUGAACGACAUACCCCUUCCUUGCUUCCGCUCCCCUUACAGCUUCUCUGAGUACGACCGUGGGGGUAGUGCAAGCGUCAGGGUGAUGAUGCAAUUCAGCCCAUGUCCUGUCUUGUUAUCCCUGUCUUGGAAUUAACUGACAGCUCGUAUAGACACUUGUCAAGGAUGCAGACUG